CUGCCAUGCCUACUCAACUGAAGUUACUUAAGUCGCGUGUAUAAAAGAAGAACGCACAGAUUAGAUGAUUUAGUGCCCGUCGCAACCGCGAGCGUAAUCAUUGUGUACUUUUUUUUAUUCCUCGUGCGGUCAUCUCACUUUGCAACAAAUUUGGUUACAAUUAGUUUGUGUUGGUUCAAUGUAGUUCCGUGCGGUCACUUACGACAUAUUAUGCUAUCAGUCCGAUGACGUUUUGCGGACUAUUAUUAAUGCCCACACUGGACGCAAAUAGCCAUGAAUAAAAGUCAAUAAACGAAUAAAAAGACGAAAGUGUUAUCUGCUUCACUUCAUUCAGCGUCACUCGUCGUAGGUUGCAAAGGUGUAAAAUUGAGAUAAUAAAUCUCACAUGAUACACUGAUAAGUAAACAAGCGUUCGGAAAACAAUAUACAAAUAAAUAAUAAUCUGACGAUAUAGUGACUGGUUGCAUUUAAAAGUUCAUUACAAUAUGAAGUUAAUUGUGUGUUGCUUGAGUAUUGUAUUGGUGGUGCAUUCAACGUUGCAGUCAUCAUCUCUGGAACUAGUUCAAGUUUUUUUUAGGCAUGGAUCAAGAACUCCUGAAUUAAAGGAUACUUAUCCUAUGGAUCCGUAUACCGCUAAAGAUUUUAUGCCAAUGGGUUGGGGACAAUUAACAAAUGACGGCAAACGUCGUGCGUACAAAUUAGGUCAACUGCUCCGUACCCGUUAUGAUACUUUACUUGGUGAUAUUUACACGCCUGGUUUGGCUUAUACUCAAUCUACAGAUUUUGACCGAACUAAAAUGAGUGCCCUUCUUGUGCUAGCCGGAUUGUUUCAACCAUCCAGUGCACAAAAAUGGAAUAACGAUUUGGCGUGGAUUCCUAUUCCAUAUCAUGUUGAAAAAGCCGAAAAUGACUUUUUUUUAAGACGUCCAACACACUACUGCCCGCAAUAUGUACAAGAACUAAAUCAAGUGCUUGAAACUGACCCAAGAAUCAUGAAAAUAUUAUCAGAAAACCAACAAGUGUUAAAUUACAUUUCGAAGAAUACAGAUAAACCAAUGGUGACCUUGAUGGACGUGUUUCGGCUCUAUCAAACACUAAAUGCUGAAGAGGCAUUGAACAUGACCUUGCCGAAAUGGACUGAAUCGGUAUAUCCGCGCAAAAUUCAUGACUUGGCAGGUCGUCAAUGCUACUUCGAAAACUCCAAUCAGAUCUUGAAACGACUCAAUGGAGGUCGCAGCUUGAGUCAUGUGAUUAACAACAUGAGCGUAAAGAUGAUAAACGUCACGGCGGGCGCAAAAAUCCAUUUGUAUUCGGGUCACGAGAAUAACGUCGUCAAUAUCCUCAGCGCACUGGACGUUUUCGAGCCGCACGUGCCGAAAUACAGCGCUGCUGUUAUCAUAGAACUGCACAAUUUCAAAUCCAAGGAGAUGGAUGAUUAUAAAGUUAGAAUAUUAUACGUCCGUGACGUUGACGCUAAGUACGAACCGGAAGUGAAAGUAAUUGAUAACUGCGAAGCGUUCUGCCCGUAUCAACGCUUCGUGGAUAUCACGCGACCAAAAGUUCCAAUCAACUACACAGAGGAAUGUCACUCGAGUGUACAGCUGGAUUGAAGUUGUUGUUGAGAAAUUUCCGUUCAGUUUCUUGAUGAUAGGCUUAUCGUAUUGUUGUGUUCAUACUGCUGGUUCAAAGUUAGAAAAUAUUUAUUUAUAUAAUCAUAACGUAUGUGUAAAGUUAAUUUAUUUAGUAUAUUUACGGAUGUAAUUUGAAAUACGUUAUGAACAUUGCUUUUUGACCAAUCGUGUACUGGUGAUAAGAAAUGAAUUGCCCAAACGUAAUUUAUUAGUCACAUAUUAACGAUGUUAUCUUCACAAAUUAAAAAUAUAAUUAAUCUGAAAUUAUA